CUGCAUGGGCACAAGCUCCAAGAACCCCACACAACAUCAACAUGAAAACCGGUGUGGAGCGCCUGUUUGACGAACUCGGCCACUUUAAAAGGUUUCAGGCCUGUCUCUACUUUGCUGCAGUUUUCCAAGCCAUUUCUUGUGGAAUUCACUACCUGGCCUCUGUUUUCUUAGUGGACACACCAAAGUUUCUUUGCAAUGCUCCAUUGAACAUCACCAAUGUCCUCUACAAGAACCACUCAGCAAACUCACUGGAGGAGAUCUGGCCAUUUUACACUCCUGGACACGGGCCAGUGGUGGUCCGGACAGUUAACGGAGAGCAGUGGGAACUUGGACCGUGUCGCAAAAUGCUGCGCCACUUUACCCAAGACUUUCAGUAUGAGUUUGUUGGCAAUAAAUCUGUGGAGUCAUGCAGGGGAUAUGUGUUUGAUCAUAGCCAGGUAGAGCAGAGCAUUGUCACAGAAUGGGACCUGGUGUGUGAGAAGGAAUGGCUUGCCAAGAUUACACAGCCCACCUUUAUGAUGGGAGUCUUGAUCGGGGCACUGCUGUUUGGAGACAUGGCUGAUAGAAUCGGCAGACGCCCCAUUCUGAUGGCUACGAGUGUGUGCCAGUUUGUAUUUGGCAUCACUGUGGCAUUUACAGGAAACUAUUACAUUUUCAUAUUGAUGCGCUUUCUGCUUGCUAUGGUGUCAAGCGGAUAUCUUGUCGUGGUGUUUGUGUACGUUACCGAGUUCACAGGCAGCAAAGUUCGGACGUGGACAUCCAUGCACGUGCAUGCAGCAUUCGCGAUCGGCGUAAUGGUAGUAGCCCUGGUGGGUUACCUCGUCCGAGUCUGGUGGCUUUACCAGAUCAUCCUAACCCUCAGCACCUCACCUUUUCUGCUGUAUUGCUGGACGUUUCCCGAGACACCAUUCUUUCUGAUGGCCAAAGGACGACACCAGGAAAUGCAGGAGCUCCUGAAUACCAUGGCUCAAUGGAACGGAGUGGAGCCCCGACUGAAGGUGUUAGAGCUAAUAGAGGAAAAUGCACUUUUGAAGGACAGGCAGCAAAAUGACAGCAAGCUGACGGAACCAGAGAAGAAGCUGAGCAUCCUGAACAUGUUUGGUAGCUGGAAGAUGGCAGGACGCAGCGCCACAUGUUGGGCAAUCUGGUUCAUCGGCUCGCUGGGUUACUAUGUGUUCAGUCUGGGCUCUGUCAACCUGGGAGGAAACCAGUACAUCAACCUCUUCGUGGCUGGUGCUGUUGAACUGCCAUCCUAUUUAAUUGGCUGCUAUGCAAUGGACCGGGUCGGGAGGAAGAUGACAUGUGCUCCAUCGCUGAUGCUGAGUGGAGUUGCCUGUAUGCUCAUCAUUGCAGUGCCUCAGGACUUUGAGAUUUUGGCUGUCAUCUUGAGCAUGACGGGGAAGUUUGCCAUCGCCAUCGCAUUUGGCCUCAUUUACCUGUACACGUGUGAGCUCUAUCCAACAAUCAUCAGGUCACUUGCAGUUGGAAGUGGUAGUAUGUCAUGUCGUAUUGGAAGUGUGGUGGCUCCAUUCUGUGUUUACCUUGCAGAUGUCUGGACCUACCUGCCUCAGCUCAUCGUGGGUAUCCUGUCUUUCAUUAUUGGAGUUUUGUGCCUCUUCCUGCCAGAGACACUGGGGGAACCACUCACCUCCACAUUGGAGGAUGCAGAAGCUCUGGGCACAAAGACAAGCAAGAAAACAACAAGCGAGAAUGACAUACACAUGAACCCGGCUGACAACAAAGCCUGAGUCAGAAGAGGCAGAAUGAAUCUCUACAGCUUGUGAUCACUUGCUGCACAAUUCUUCAUAACUCCAUAUAGACUUGGGGAUUUUUUUUUUAGCAAUAGAUGACAAAAACGCAUCAAAAGCAUCAACGGUGGUAACAAAAGUAUAAAUGGAGGACUUGUUGACUGGAGUGUGAAGCACGUUAAUGCUUCAUGUUCUGAAGUUUAAACUUCAAGACUGGUCUGUCAUGAAGAAUCUGAUAUUUUUGUCAUUUUUUAUGGGUCCAGGUUCUUUUUUCCGUUCUUCUUUGUCUUCAGUACUAAAAGAAACAGGUGGCCAAGGAUGUAAGAAAACUGUAAUCUGUAGAGUUCGGUAAGAUGAUCUGCUGCUCAGUUUUAUUUAGUUUUUUUUUACAAUUGAACAACGUGUGUUUUUGUUGUAUUUAUUGUAGGUGCUACAAGAGAAAGUGGGAAGUAACCCCAUUGUUUAAGAUACAAGUGAAGUGUAUAACGUAUAUUUUAUAUUAGACUACGCACAACACUGUUCCAGUUUCAUACACUGGAGCUGAAAAGUCUACAGUCAACUGACCGUGUGAGAGAUGAGUGAUAUUUUGUAAAGUCAUGUAUUUAUGUGACUAAGACUGUACGUGAAAUAGGUUUUUUAUUUUGAAUGUGUAUAGAGUGCAAUCAAAUAAGCGAUUUCUUUCUGCAAACAAACUUAACUUCACUGCCUUGCACAUGCCCUGGAUGGACCAAAGAGUCUGUGACUGGACUAAGGUGCAUAAAGGUUUGCACAUCCUUCAGUUUUCAUACCAGCCGUUGUUUAAAGAAUAUCACUGGCAUUUUUGUUCAAUUUAAACACCAUGUAGUAUUGAUGCACAUGUAUUUUAGUACUGCUGGCUUUUCCAGGUGUUUCCUCGAUACAAUGAUAUAAUUACAGGAAUUGUAGGAUUGUUUAUUGUUUGUCUUUUAUUAUAUGGUUAUGUAAUAUGACAACGGUGAUACAUUUAGCUAGGAAAUGCUAUACAAGGAUGAGAAAACAGGGUUAUUUCACUGCUCUUGCUCAGGCCUGCUCACAGCUUUGCUGAUAGAGGGAAUGUGUGCUUGUCUUUGUGGUAUCAAUGCAGAUGCAAUGGCAAUAGUAGUAGUGUUAAUAGCAUGGGGAAGUGGUUGCUCAAGUAGUUAAGGCUCUGGAUUACUGAUCAGAAGGUCGGGGUUCAAGGCCCAGAAUUGCAAAGCUGCUGCUCUUGGGCCCUUGAGUAAGGCCCUAAACCCUCUGUACUCAAAGGGUGCUAUAUCAUGGCUGACCACAGCUUCCUAACAUCACUGGGAUCAGCCAAGACAUAAUUGCACUGUACUUAUUUUCUUACCUGCUCCAAUUUAAAUGAGCGUGACUAUUGCUUAUAAUAUAACAAUUGUACAGGUUGCAUGAUUUUUUCCCCCUUCAAUUGAACUAGGAGACCCAAGCAUGUGCACCUGGGCCCCUGUGCCCUAUGUGGAAGAUCUCGAGUGGCCUGCUAUAGAACUCAAACCCUACUCUACACCUUAGCGAUGAAUUGGAAAGCCACUCUCCUCACUUUACACACAUACAUAAUCUUAAAAUCAUAUAUUCUCAAUGAUAAAAAUCAGCACAAUUUAUUUUUCCAUAUACUGUUUAUGUCUCUGUGGUUGCCAGAUAUCUUCACUACUGUAUCUGGACCACAUGUUUAAGUUACUCUGUGACCAGAAAGCUUUGAGCUGUUUUUGGUCCCUUUUUUCUUAUUUCAGCGUAAUUUGAACAUCCAGCAUGAUCUGUCUAACAUUUUAGUGCCAGACUCCAUGUUGGCAGCUAACAUAUGAUGACACACAGCAUCCAAAUAUUUGUUUUCUUUCCUUUUAGAUAUAUCUUUUAGUUUUAGUCAUUAAAGAGUACUUUGUUGUGAUUGGAACACUUUUUAUGGAAGUCCUCCAGUAUUAGAAGCCACAGCUAUUUGUGUGUAUACUCAAGAUUAUGGAAUCUUAAUUAUACACACCAAACUGGAAGCUGUUAUACUAGCCAGUUUGAGGACAGAAGUACUCCUUAAUGGAAUUUAACCACUAAAAAAGCCAACCUUUUUUGGAAACUCGUUUUUUUCCUGGGUCAAUAACAUCAUUGGUAUCUGAAAUUUCGCCUGUUAAGUACUCCUAGCUUUGUACUGAUUCCCCUUGAAAUCCCAAGGAAGCCAUCUUGCUUUCUGAGCAGUUUUUCAUGUCCUUGUGGUAAAUAGAGCAUUCAUUUAAUAACCUGCCCAACAACAUUUCCACAGCUGUCUCCUGGCUGUCUACCAGAACUGACCUAAUUCUCUUCACAUACUCAAGGAAUCCCUUUCCAAGCCAUUUGGGCAACAAAGUAACAUUUUCCAAACAGGUCUGAAAGUCUGAAUGUGUGGCUGAAUGUUGAUUUGUAGCUCUCAGGAUAUUUCUAAAAAAUGUAAGAUCCCUGCUGCUUGCCUGGUGGAUCUUGUAAAAUUGCACGAGUUUGAUUGGCUGAUUGCUGAUAGCUGUGCGACAGAAUAGCAAAACUAUACAAAUGGCUACUGAGCACAACAAAUCAUGAAAACGUCCUGACAGCUUGAUCGCACCAUUUACAAAUCAGGUUUAAGCUGUUAUUAGCUCUUCAUUUGGGAAAACAGCAUGUGGUUACUACCCUGAGGUUAAACAAUGGUUUAAACAAUCAAGAUACAAUGUUAAAUGCUAAAAUGAACCACAUCAAAGCUUUAAAACUAUACAUCUAAAAUCUUGAGGAUUCAUAAUCUAAGCACUUACAUCCAUUGUCUUUAGAAUUAUAAAAGGUGGACUGGAAGCAAUAAAAGUGUUGAAGGAUACUAAUUUCCAGACUAAAUGCCAGAGGUAAUGACGAAAGCCAUCAUAUCAGAAUUCACAUAUGCAUAGGAGAGAAUGCGGAUCAAGUCUUGUCUCUAAUAGGUCAAUAGUCGGGGGCAAAUUUUUUAUGGCAAGUAUUCUCUUGCUUGGUUGGAAUGAAAUCUUGGAGCCGCACAAGCCCAUUUUGGAUAAGACUGAAGACCCAUGAUUGUUGGUGCACCAUUCGGCAGAACAAAUGUCCUGAUUGCUAAGCACCUGUCUGAGUCAGUAGUACUGACAAGAACAUGUGCUGUAAAGUAUAGACCCAAGGAACAUUUCUGUAGUCAAGCAUAAGCAAGAAGACUUUAUAAGAUUUUAUGGAAAAACCCCAAACAGUAAAUGAAAGAUGUAGAACUGAGACAAAAAAAAAUUCAGUGUGUAGCCUAUGCUCUGGGCAAAUGCAAUUAUACAAUAGAGGCACUGUGCAAGCCUGUGCCAGGGUAUUGGCUAAUUCUCAGGGAGGUGUGUCAGAUUAUUUGGAACAUCAUCAUGCAGAGUAGAAAUUGAUCUGUUUGUGAAGAGAUAGACUGCUCCGUGUUUAGUUCGGUUCACGGUCAGGGCAGAGACUAAGGUGUUUUGGAAGGACGCAUUGAUGUACCACUGGCUAGCAUGCGUGUACAUAGCAGUACUGCCUGGGCACCAGGAACAGAUUUUUUUUUUGUUGGGUGUGAAAGUUUUUACAGUAAAUCUGCCAAACAUUUUCAAAGGCCAAACAGUUAUGCAUUAGUAAAGGUGUUGUCAUUCACAAAUGCAAAGAAGAAGGUAUGCGUGAACAUGAUCCAGUAACGCUGCCAAUCUCUCUGGGUCAAAGGUCAUUUAAAACGUACCGAGUAAUAGUGGAUUCUUACGUUUUUUUUGGAGACCAUAGACACCACAUUCUCCAGAGUUAAGAGCAAAGUUACCAUCUGGCUUGUUAUCAAUGCUUAGAUCAUAAAGCUCUGCUCUGAUAGUAUGGAAGUGCAUAUUAGUGCCUGUGGAAUGGACAGCUUGCACAUAUGGAAAGGCUCCAUUAAUGCUGGGCAGUUUAUACCGGUUUUAGAGCAAAAAUGCUUCUAUUUAGAAAAGGUUUUUCUAGGGAAGGCCUUGUAUAUUUGAGCAACACAAUUCUAAUUGCAUUAAUUGCAAUAUCAUGACUUCAUAGUUUAGUGUAUCAUGAAAAAAAAAAAUACAACAAAGGACACCCAGAACUGUUGAGCAGACAGAAUCCUGUAUAAGACACAUAUGGGACAACAUUCCUCUCCCAAAAUCCAGAACUGGUCUCCUCAGUUUCCAGAUGUAUGGACAGAGGACGUGCUGCUACACCGUGGUAACAUGGCCCUGCUUUAACUUUUUUGAGAUGUGUUGCAGCCAAAUUUAA